ACUCCGGCACGAGUCUCGUUCUCUUCUCUAUUCCGCCGUCAUCUAGGUCUGCGAAUAUCACAAGUGAAGUAGCUCGAAAUGGCAACAGUUCCAGGACAGCUUAUCUGGGAGAUCGUGAAGAGAAACAACUGUUUCUUGGUGAAGCAAUUCGGUAGAGGUAACGCUAAGGUUCAAUUCAGCAAAGAGACCAACAACCUCGUCAACAUCAACUCUUACAAGCACUCUGGUUUGGCUAACAAAAAGACGGUGACUAUUCAGGCUGCUGACAAGGACCAAGGUGUGGUACUCGGAACCACCAAGACCAAGAGACAAAACAAGCCUAAGCUCUCUGUUAACAAGUCUGUCCUCAAGAAGGAGUUCCCGAGAAUGACUAAAGCUGUUGCCAAUCAGGUGGUAGACAACUACUACAGGCCUGAUUUGAAGAAAGCAGCACUUGCUAGGCUCAGCGCCAUCAGCAAAGGUCUUAGAGUCGCCAAGUCUGGUCCCAAGAGGAGAAACAGACAGGCUUGAACAAUCCACCAUUGAAUAUUUGUUUACUUAUAAAAAGCUUGUUGUGAGCCAUUAAGAGUUUCAGACAGCAUUCUGAACAGUAGAGUGUUUUGCUUGAACCACCAGCCCUUGUCAUCCUUUUUUCACUAAAUGAUAUUAAAAGAAUUCUUAUUAG